AUGUCCCACUUUCAAUGGUGUGAUUCGUCCUACCGAUUAGAAAAAUCGGGGUUGCAGUUUGCACCUUUGCCCGCUGAUCGUCGUUUAUACUUUCUUAACAACACAUUCUCUCUAAUUAUGCACACAUCAGAAAAUGAGACUGAAAACGGCUCUGCGCGAUCAUUUUGGGAGCCGAAGCAGUAUGCGCGUACAGUGAAAAGAUUGGAAACGGCCAACAAGCUCUGUUCCGAGUACGCACUUAUGAUUCAGGAGCGUUCAGACAUCGAAAAAGCAUACGCUUCUAAUUUGCGAAAAUGGUCUCAGAAGUGGAACACUUUUCGGGAAAGUGGACUGGAAUACGGGACAGGAGCCAACGUAUUUUCAGGCCUAUGCACCGAAGCCGAGCAGCGUGCAGAUCUGCAUUCGACCGUCGCAAAUAGUUUAACAGAAUCCGUGCAAUCAGCCGUAAAGUCCUGGCAGAAGUCGAAAUUCCACAAAACAUCGAUUUCCUCAACGAUUAAGGAGGUCAGGUCUUUGGAGUCCGAAUUCGAAGCCGCCCAGAAGGUUUGGUACAAGCGCUUCAAGGCAGUACAUCGCGCACAAAAGGAAUACUAUCAUGCAUGCAAAACCGUCGGUUCACUACAAGUUCAGGUGCAAAACGCCAAGAACGACCCCAAUGGCACCGCCGAACAGUUGCGAAAAAUUGAAGAAAAACUAUCAAAAGCCGAGCACGACAAGGUUAAAACCAAGGACGCUUACAACUAUGCUCUGGGCAACCUAACCGACGAAAAUAUGCACUACAUUGAUGAGAUGACCAAAGUUUUUGACAAGUCACAGGCGUUGGAAAAGGAUCGUUUGGAAUUCUUCAAGUCCCAGGCACUUGAAAUACACAAAUGUCUCGAUCUUUCCAAAGCUGUCCAACUGUCGGAUAUUUAUAAGAAACUUGAAGAGACUCUUAACCUUGUCGACUCCGAGGCCGAUCUGAAGCAAUGGUCCUUCGAGCACGGUGUUGAUAUGCCAACCAACUUCCCGAAAUUCCAGGUAUUUCAGAAGCCACACAUGCUUCUCUAUUGUUGUGCAAAGGUUUUUUUUCCCGUAUUAUCCUGUUCUUGUCUUAUUAUUUGUAAUCUAGACAUUGAGUCGGUGUGUGCAGUGACAAAGAGUGUUUUGCUGACGGGGGGAUUUAAAGGACUCAUUUUGGUCAGUUUCUGA